AUGAGACAACGCUUGCAGUUAAUCCGUACAGCGGCAUACGCAACCCACCUCUUGGAACCUGCUGUUAUUGAUAUGUCUUCUAAAAUUCGAGCUGGUUUCGAAUCUAUUUCUGGCUAUACAACGCCAGCCGCGCGCUACGGCUCCUACCUCAGGGCUCCUCAAAAUUUAUUGGCUGCCAAUCUUCCACGCAAUAUACUCCUCCAUGGCUAUACCUUGAAGCCAUAUCAGUUUAUCUGUUUUGUGCACUACGAUGCUAUACGAUUACGAGACGAGGUGUUAACCAAUAUAACUCCCUUAUGUCACCAGCCACUUAAUGACGAUGCAGACAAGAGAUUACUCUUGGUGAAGAUCCUAAACCCAUAA